AUGGCUCAAACCAGUUUUGGGCUUCUCGCCGCCGUCCUCCUCCUCCUUCUGGUGGUUUUGGCCGAGGGUGGACCUCCUAAACAGAUGAAAGUGAAAUGCCAAGAUAGGAAAUUCCCCAAUUGUUAUCACAAAGACCUUUUUUGUCCUGUCACAUGUCCACGCACAUGUAUAGCUGACUGUAACUCAUGUCAACCUAUAUGUGUUCCUCCACCACUUCCACCACCAAAACCUCGUUCGCCAAUGCAAGUGAGAUGCCAAGACAAGAAAUUCCCAAGUUGUUAUCACAAAAGCUUUCCAUGCCCCGCCAAUUGCCCGCGUGCAUGUGUAGCUGACUGUGCCUCAUGUCAACCUGUUUGUACUGUUUCAACACCAUCAUCCCCUCCAUUGCCUCCAACUCCUCCUUCUACAAGCGGAAAGAGAGCCUCUUGCAAGGAUAAGUUGUACCCUCAAUGCUACCGCCAGGAGUUUCAAUGCCCUAGUGAUUGUCCGGAUACUUGUGAAGUUGAUUGUGUCACUUGCAGCCCUGUUUGCGACUGCAAUAAGGCAGGGGCAGUUUGCCAAGAUCCAAGAUUCAUAGGCGCUGAUGGACUUACUUUCUACUUCCAUGGCAAAAAAGACAAUGAUUUUUGCUUAGUGACCGAUUCCAAUCUUCACAUCAACGCUCAUUUCAUCGGUAGGAGAAACGAAAACAUGAAGAGAGACUUUACUUGGGUACAAUCUCUUGGAAUUCUCUUUAACAAUCAUAAGUUAUUUAUUGGUGCCAAAAAAACAUCAACAUGGAACGAUGCAUUGGAUCGCCUAGACUUAGCCUACGAUGGACAAUCAAUUAUCCUUCCUAAUCGCGAAGGGGCCAAGUGGGAACCAAUUUCAAGUACUCAAGGAGUCUCAAUAACAAGAAAUCGCGAUACUAAUUCUGUUUUAAUCGACGUGGAAGGGAAUUUUCAGAUAAAAGCUAGAGUGGUACCGAUUACUGAAAAAGACUCAAGAAUUCAUAAUUAUGGUAUCACAGAGGAAAAUUGCUUUGCUCAUUUAGAUUUGAGCUUUAAGUUCUAUUCCUUGAGUGGGAAGGUAAAUGGAGUUUUGGGACAAACUUAUGGGAGUAAUUACGUGAGUAGAGUGAAGAUGGGAAUUGACAUGCCUGUUUUGGGUGGGGAGAAAGAAUUCUCCUCCUCAGGUAUUUUCUCCACUGAUUGUGCUGUUUCAAGAUUCAGUGGCACUUAUCAACUUGAUCAUGGCAGCAGUAAAGAAGACAUUGAAUAUGCUGACUUGAAGUGUGCAAGUGGUAUGGAUGGAAAGGGAGUUGUUUGCAAGAGAUAAUAAUGUCGUUACUAGCUUCAUCCCUAUUGAUGUCGCAUAAUUAAAUAACUUUCAUAUAAUGUUGUGGAACCACAAUAACUAGUAGUCUAGUACUAGCUAGUACUACAUUAUUUUAACGAAAUUAAAGAAUAAGAUUAUUAUAAUA